AUGCAUGUAGUGGACAAAAAAACAAUAGUGGACAAAGAGAAACAAUGGGCCGAUUGUGGACGUGAUGGACGAACGAUGAUGGUGAUUGAACGUACGACAACAGCCAGUAUUCCACAAAACGAUGUCCUUCCUGCUUUGAUCGCUGGACGGCACAAACAUACACGUACCGACGAGCAGUCACAUACAUAUAUAUGUAGGCGCCAUUAG